GGAGGAAGCAGUGUUUCUCGCAGCCUCCCAGCAGCUUCCUCGCUCCUCACCCACGCGCGACCAUUCCACGAACACUCGUCCGAAACCCAAGCAAGCGCGGACUUUUCGAGCCCACCUGUGACCGUCCUCCCUCUCUCUCCUUUUAUCGGUUUUGUUUGUUUGUUUGUUAUUUUUGGCGCCAACUUGGCCGUGGGAAGUUGAGGCGCAGGUGUCGCGAGCAUGGCUGACUGCGCGGCGAGCAACAGUGACGGCGAGGAUGGCCCCCGGGAGCCCAUGCGGGGCUUCGCCCGCCAAGGGGCCCUCCGGCAGAAGAACGUCCACGAGGUGAAGGAUCACAAGUUCACGGCGCGCUUCUUCAAGCAGCCCACCUUCUGCAGCCACUGCACGGACUUCAUCUGGGGCUUCGGCAAGCAGGGAUUCCAGUGUCAAGUCUGCUGUUUUGUGGUGCACAAACGCUGCCAUGAGUUUGUCACCUUCUCCUGCCCGGGAGCUGACAAAGGACCAGCCUCAGAUGAUCCAAGGUCCAAGCACAAGUUCAAGAUACACACCUACUCCAGUCCCACCUUCUGUGACCACUGUGGCUCUCUGCUGUACGGCCUGAUCCACCAGGGCAUGAGAUGUGACCACUGCAUGAUGAACAUUCAUAAACGAUGUGUGGCUAACGUGCCUAGCCUGUGUGGGACAGACCACACUGAGAGGAGAGGUCGCAUCUACAUCACUGCUGAGAUCAAGACCAACGUGCUCACUGUCACCAUCAAAGAGGCCAGGAACCUGGUCCCCAUGGACCCCAACGGCCUGUCGGACCCCUACGUCAAACUGAAACUGAUUCCAGACCCUCGCAGUGAAAGUAAACAGAAGACCAAGACCAUCAAAUGCUGCCUCAACCCCGUCUGGAAUGAGACCUUUAAAUUCCACCUGAAGGAGUGCGACAAGGACCGCCGUCUGUCCGUGGAGGCGUGGGACUGGGACCUGACCAGCCGCAAUGACUUCAUGGGGUCGCUGUCCUUUGGCAUCUCGGAGCUGCAGAAGCAAGGCGUGGACGGAUGGUUCAAGAUGCUGUCGCAGGAAGAAGGCGAGUACUUCAACGUUCCUGUUCCUCCUGAGGGGGAGGAGGGUGACGAGGAGCUGCGGCAGAAGUUUGAGAGAGCCAAGAUCGGGCCGAGCAAGAACACUGAAGGGAAAUCGGCGAACGCGGCUCGCUUCGACUCCAACGGUAACCAAGACCGCAUGAAACUGUCCGACUUCAACUUCCUGAUGGUGCUGGGGAAAGGCAGCUUUGGCAAGGUGAUGCUGGCAGAGCGUAAAGGAACGGAGGAUUUGUACGCUGUGAAGAUCCUGAAGAAGGACGUGGUGAUCCAGGACGACGAUGUGGAAUGUACCAUGGUGGAGAAGAGGGUCUUGGCGCUCUCCGGGAAACCUCCCUUCCUGACUCAGCUGCACUCCACCUUCCAGACCAUGGACCGCCUAUACUUCGUCAUGGAGUACAUCAACGGUGGUGAUCUCAUGUAUCAGAUCCAGCAGGUGGGCAAGUUCAAGGAGCCUCACGCAGUCUUCUACGCCGCAGAGAUCGCCAUCGGGUUGUUCUUCCUGCAUGUAAAGGGCAUCAUCUACAGAGACCUGAAGCUGGACAACGUGAUGCUGGACUGCGAGGGACACAUCAAGAUAGCGGACUUUGGAAUGUGUAAAGAGAACAUGAGCGAUGGAGUCACCACCAAGACCUUCUGUGGAACACCUGACUACAUCGCUCCAGAAAUCAUUGCUUACCAGCCUUAUGGGAAGUCUGUGGACUGGUGGGCCUUUGGAGUACUGCUCUAUGAAAUGCUGGCUGGACAGCCUCCAUUUGACGGUGAGGACGAGGACGAGUUAUUCCAGUCCAUCAUGGAGCAUCAUGUCUCCUACCCCAAGUCCAUGUCCAAGGAGGCCGUGGCCAUCUGCAAAGGGUUGAUGACCAAGCAUCCCGCCAAGCGACUGGGCUGCGGUCCCGAGGGCGAGCGAGACAUCCGGGACCACAGCUUCUUCCGCUACAUGGACUGGGAGAAGGUGGAGAACAAGGAGGUGCAGCCGCCCUUCAAACCCAAAGCUUGUGGGCGGGAUGCUGAGAACUUUGACCGUUUUUUCACCCGCCACCCGCCGGUGCUGACCCCUCCCGACGAAGAAGUGAUUCAGAACCUGGACCAGGACGAGUUCCAAGGAUUCUCUUUUAUCAACCCAGAGUUCCCUGGAAGCGCCGCCGCCGACCCUGCCGCCGAGCAGGCUUGAUUGAACGUGCACGGACGCUACACACACACACACACACACACACACACACUCACACACACACACACACACAUUUCUUGUUCACACUGCUGCAAUCUGCCUCUUCUCUAAUCAUAAAAACUACAUAUUUGUUUUGCAUGCAACAAAAGAAGAUUUGACAAUAUUGAACCAAAAUGGCAGCCAAAGCGCGGAGUAGUUUAUGGAUUAAACCAGGAGUGUCCAAAAUUUUCCCACUCAGGAAAAAUGAAAGCAUGUGGGGGUCCAUUUUUUUAUCUUUUUCAUAGAUUUUUUUCUAACCUGUAGGGCUCCCUUCAAGUUAGGUCCCGGGGACCCGGAAGGACCUCAGUUAUAAAAAUGUUGAAAAAUGAGUCAUACAUAAGAAAUAAAAAAAUGUGAUGUAUUUUAUUUUUUUAUAUUUUAUCCCCUUCUUGUGAAAAAAAAUCUUGAAAAUAUGCAAUAUUUUCCCCCCCAAAAAAAUAUUUCAAAGUUUAAUAUUUAAUUUGAAGUAAUUAUAAUUGAUCAAUAAUUCAUAACAACCAUGAUUUUAUUUCAUCAUUGUUUUUUUAACAUGACAGGUUUUUGAAAAAAUUAAAUCCCACAAAAAAUUUUGAGGAUCCAGGUUUCCACUCAUAAAGGUGUUAAAAAUAAGUCAUAAAUGCAUUUUAUUAUUAUUAUUAUUAUUCUAAACACUCUCAAUCAACUUUAUAUAUAUCUAUUGCUUAGAAGUUUUUAUUAUAAUUUCAUAUUUUUGGUUCGUUUGUUGUU